AUGGCCCAAAAGGCAAAGAAGGAUCGCGCAAAGGCCAACACGGCCACGCUCAACAACCUGCAUAUCGGAUCUCUUGCUGUCAAUGGCAUCUUCCUUGCCUUUCACUUCCUCAUCCGCAGCCGCUCCCUGUGGACAUAUGCCAUUGUCUCCGCCCCCAGCUUUGUCUGCGAGUAUGUCCUCGAGUCGUCGGGCCGCCCUAGCUACGACCCCGCCACCAAGGCGCUUAAGACCUCUGGCGAGGACAUGGCUGCUCAGGGGUUGACUGAGUAUAUGUUUGAUCUCAUCUGGAUCACAUGGGCGUCUGCUAUUCUUACCAUGUUGAUUGGAAACUACGGAUGGUUCUUGAUGACCAUUGUGCCCGCAUACGGCUUGUAUCUUGCUGCUGGCUUGUUCGGCAUGGGGCGAAAGAAGAUGGCCCAGAUGCAGGGUCUUGGUGGUGACGCUGUAGAGCAGCCACAAGGAAACAGAAGACAGCGUAGAGCUGCUGCAUAA